AGUAUGGUCUCUAUUUAAAAUUUUAAUAACAUUGGAGAUUCGUUUACUGUCUAAUAAUUAUUCAAAGUUUAAACACUGUGUUAACUUAAAUGAGUUUGUGACUGAUAUUUAGUUCUUCCAAAAGUUAUUGCAUUAAAUAAUAAACUAAAUGCCUGUAGUUAUUAUUAAAAAAAAAUAACGACUUGAAAACAAUAUAUUAGUUAAUACAAUGAUAUAAUUGAAGGCACUGAAUGCAGUGGAAGUUUUUAUAUAAAAAAUGGUUGUAAAUGCGCCAGAUUCACCUACUACAGCAGAAGUUAUCUUUGUAAUAGAGGCAACAUCAGCAAAUAGUGCAUAUAUCAGUGAAUUAAAAAUUAAUUAUAUUGUCCCUACAUUAGAGUAUUUUCAUGGUGGAACAUUAGAAGAUGGUGUUGGUAGUGGAUCAACCUAUGGAGUAGUUGCUUAUCAAUCAUCUGAUUGCUAUCCUGGCUCUCCUGUGUCAACCUAUGGGCCCUUUACAUGCCCAAAAGAUGUUGUUGACACAGUUGACAAAAUACAAUACAUAGGAGGUCAUGCAGAAAAUAGAGCAUGUUUAACUGAAGCAUUAGCAAUGGCUCUAUCCUGUUUAGAAGAACUUGGGCGUACAGAUAUUCCACGACACAUCAUUUUAUUAUGUUGUUCACCACCUUAUUCUGCAUAUGCUGGUGGCCUGGUUCCUCCUGGCGCGCCCAGCACAGUGGAGGCAGCUGCACGAACAGUGUGUGAACGUGGAGCACAGUUGUCUGUGCUGUCACCGCGUCGAUUGUCCUCACUGCUGCCGCUCUAUGAACAUGCUGGAGGGGAUCUUCAUGCUGCCCAGCAACGGAACUAUGCAAAGGAUCCACGUCACCUUGUGCUACUCCGUGGAUACAGUCUCAAGGAACGGCCACCCAGUCCGGCACCGCCGCCCGCCCCAGACAUACAGACAGACGUGUAUAGCCAAGGCCGUGGCGCUGUAGCAGGUCCUCGUGUAUCGGCGCCUUUUCCACGUGCAACGAACCCAGCCGUACGUGGAAGUUGGUUGUCUGGUGUGUCAGGGGUGCCGGGUGUAUCGGGACCUCCACGCCAAUCGUUAUACACCAAUAACUCUGCUCUUCUAACACAGUUGGCCCAGCCGUCUUACCCGCCACCGCCGUCACAGCGAAUGGUCCAGCCUGGCCCAGUUAACCCUGGAGUCAGCGGUGUGCCAACGUCAACCGGUCCCAAUGUUGGCGUGUCUGGAGUGGCCGGUGUUAGUGGAGUUGGAAACGUGGGCAAUGUAGGCCCAGUGGCCAAUGUUGGCAACGUUGGUCAAAUGCAGCGGACUUUCAUAUGGAGUGGAGUACUGGAAUGGAUGGAGAAGGGCAAAACGCCCGGUGAUCAACAGAAAGUCACCAAGCAUUUGCCCUGUCAGGUGUCAGCCAACUCGAAGGAUAUAGAACCAGAACUGAAGGUGGAUACCUGGCCAAGCAAACUGUUGAUGCAGUUGAUGCCAAAACAGUUAAUCAGUAAUAUCGGAGGACAGUACCUUAAGGAUAGCAAAUCUGUCUUGUUCCACCUGCAACAAAAUGAAGCGUUAGAUGCACUCACCAAGGUCAUGGUCAAUGGGUUUGCCGGCUGCGUACACUUCUCCCCGAUGCCGUCUCCGCCACAAUGUGACAUCAAAGUGCUGAUCCUCCUCUACACUCCUGACAAGAAGGCCUACCUUGGCUUCAUACCCAACAACCAGGCUACUUUCGUGGACCGACUUAGGAAGGUUAUCCAGCAGCAGAAGCUUAGCAAGCAGCUACCAACAGGCGGACCUGCGCCUGCCCUACCACCUGCCACUAUGCCAGGUGGGGCUAUGGGCAGUCCAGGAAUGUCUGGCGGGAUGGGAAUGAACCAGGGACUCCAGCAGCAGCACCCACAGCAUGCCCAGCAAAGCAUGAUGAUAGGUGGCGGUAUGGGUGGUCAAGUUGGCGCCCAAGUUGGGCAGGUCGGGCAGGUUGGGCAAGUUGGGCAAGUGGCCAAGGGGCCGAGGCCGGUCAGCCAAUUGGACGGCUUGGAGGCGGCAAGGCAGCAGAACUUGGAGAAGAUACAACAUUUGCAACAAACUUUAGAGGCUGCUCAUCAACAGCUUCGCUUAAGUAACGUUUGUCUACAGGAGGCGCAGUUUAAGUCCCAGAUGGACAUAAUGUCUCACUUGCACGCCGCCCAGCAACAGGAACAACAUUAUAAGCAACUCGAGGAGCAGCAACGUAAACAUCAGCUGCAGCAAUUGCAGCAACUGCGGGGUGCGGCUGGACAUCCGCCCCGACUUAUGCCUAGGGGCAUUAUGCCCACCAACCCUGGGUUGAGGCAUUUAUUGCAACAGCAACCUCAAUAUCGGCCGCAAGGUGGCGCUGUGCGUCCUACGGCGCAGUCGCAGCAGUUUGAUGAUGUCAAUAAUUAUAGCGAUUUUAUGUAGUUUUAAAGUUGAUGAAAAUCAGUUUCGAAAAAUAGACAUAUAACAACUGAAGAAAAUAUUAAUGUAAAAAUACAGCAAAUAUAGCUUGUGUUUUAAGAAAAUUUUGACAUUGUAAAUAAAUAGCUUGGUAUUUGAAAAUGAUAUAAUUUAAUUGUUAAUUAUGAAGUUCCUCCGUUACCAAGAUUUAUUAGCAAUUAUUUUUAAAGCUGGCUUUUUGUGAAAUUAAAAAAUCAAUUACGACGCUGAAUUGAGAAUCUUGGAUAAAAUAGCCCUAAAAUUGUUUUAUUUAUAAACUAAUAAUGACGUCAUAAAUAGCGAUGUAAGUGAAUGAAUUUGAAGAUGUAUGUAUAUAAUUGUUUUUACAAUUUUAUUAAAAGU